AUGUCUCCAGCCUCAAAACCCGUCACACGGUCCAAAGCCCUCCACAAGCGCUCGCUACAGGCGUGUCUGAUUUGCCGGUCAAGAAAAGUCCGAUGCGACGUGUCAAUCCAUGGACCGCCAUGCACAAACUGCUCUCUGGACGAUAAAGAAUGCCAAUUAUCAAAAACAUCAGCUGUUUGGACCCAGACCGCUUCCGAUAGACGAUCCUUGCGGAAUGCAAUAAAGACCCCCGACACCCGAAGCAGUGACCUUGCCUCAAAUGUGACUGAACAGCUCAGUCUGGAUAGUCAGUUAUCGCUACCGCAGCUGACCAGCUCAAGUUUCUCGUUACAGACGGUGGGCGCUGGUGAGCCAUGGCAAAAUUGGCAGAUGGACCCUCUGGACUUUGGCCCCAUACCUGAAUCUGCCGUUCACGAUGGCUGGAGUUCCUCCAUGCCCACUGAGAAGCAGCCUCGUUUGGACCCUAUUGGAAAUAUCUUUCAGCACAGUACAGGGUCACCAAGUGACGCAGGAAGCCCAAAGGAUGGGGUCGUUCUAUACUCCUACUUCCAGUUUCUGACGGUCGGGAACCUUCAUGCCAUUCCCUAUCAAGAUGUCACUUAUCUCGAAGCUCAAGGGUGCUUGCACGUGCCAAAUCCCCUGAUCUUGGAUGUCUUUAUGAAGGCGUACUUUACAUAUGCCCAUGUAUCCGUCCCUCUCAUUGACGAGGGAGAGUUCUGGCAAAUGUCCUCUCCAGCCACAAGCAGUUCACAAAGGACCACCAUGUCGCUUCUCGUCCUUCGGGCAAUGCUAUUUGCUAGCAGUACUUAUGUUCCACUUCCUGUCCUGCGUCAAAUUGGAUAUCAUGACAUAUGCUCCGCAAGGGCUGAUCUAUAUCGAAAAGCAAAGCUUCUGUUUGAUAUGGAGGCUGAGACAUCUCAUUUACCGCUGGCUCAGGCUGCGUUGAUGCUUAUGAAUUGGGUCCCCGAAUCACCUACGACAACUUCACCUGUGCCUUACAGAACAUGGCUAAGCCUAGCGAUCCAUCACGCUAAGCUCAUCAAUGCACACCGCCACAGUGGGAUAUGCGACGUUGGAACAACAGCAAACGAACCAGAAUCAAGAACACUUCGAAGGCUUUGGUGGUGCUGCAUUAUCUGUGACAGACUAUCAUCUCUCUCCUGUCGCUUUCGUCUUCAGAUCACGCCUGAUAUGCUCGACAUGGAGAACUGCAUACCGUUGGGUUUCGCCGAUUUACAGAGCGAGAUACAUCGAUCCAAUGUUUUCUCGCCUGCCACCAAGCGCCAACAUAUCUCACUGUUCUCCAAGAACCUGAGCCUAUUAAUGUUGCUGACGGACAUUAUUCCGGUUGCGUAUCCUUUUGAGACGCGGCUCGAGUCAAGUCCAGACUUCUCGGCGCAGGAAGAAGAGAGUAUCAGAAACUCCUGCGAUCGCCUUGACGAGUGGUAUAAUACAGCCAAGGCUGAAUUUCCUCCCUUCCAUCAAAUCACCACAGCCGAGGAUAGUGAUUCCGCCAAGUCGGUUGCAGUACAUACAAAUCUAAUGUACAUUUACUACCACACUUCUUAUGUUGCUCUUUGCAGUCGCAGAGUCUUCACGCAGAUUUCUGGAACAGGGAGUCCCGACUUUCAUCUUGAAGAUUUCCCAGACGGCAACAGAAGUAAUGAGAUUCGUGGAGAUAUUGAAGACUCCAUGCAGGGUCUAUCUAAAUGCAUAGGCGCACUAACCGGGUCUCACUUGAUAAAGUAUCUUCCCAUCACAGUUAUGGGCUGCCUUGCAAUUCCCCUUGCGUUGCACUAUAUAAACGCAAGUCUAUGCUACGAAGACGACGAAGUCCCAAGUCAUCUCGAAGCGUGGCCCGACUUUAGUCUCGACCCCACGCAGAAACACCUACAAGUCGUGCUAGACGCAACCGACACCUUCUCAGCUCAAUACUAUGGUUCCCAGUGGGUCAGGGACGCAGCAGAGCACGUCGCGAAACUAGCCAAGUCGUUCAACAAGCUAUCACUGCAGUCAGGUCAAGAAGCAAUGAAAGACUGGGUCGAUGUUCUAGUGAGACAUCCAGAAGCAUAUCUGGGUCUUGUGUGGACUGUAGACAUGUGCGUUAGUCGGAGGAGGCUCCCUGAGAGUUUAGAUUUCCCGUUGUGCCUACGAAAUGAUGUGGAGAGGCUUAACGCAGCACCUAAACAAUCAGACCAUGAGAUGCUAGACUCUGAGUCACUGAAUGGGCAAAAGGACAUUCAGCUUACGCAGUCACUAGAUUAUCUCUUAGGUAUCCAGGAACCCAUGAUAGAUGUCUUAUAA